AUGGCUGGAUCUGCCACCUCCAGUUCUAAGGACCGUCCAGCUUCGAGGACCAGUUUCAUCCCAGAGCUGCAAAGCAUGAUGUUUGCUUUGGGAGAUGCUCGCAGACCUCUGCAUGAAACCGCAGCCCUGGUUGAGGACAUCGUACACACUCAGCUCAUUAAUAUGCUGCACCAGGCCUGUGACAGCGCUGCACUUCGGGGUUCGAGGGUCAUCUCAGCUGAGGACAUCCUGUUCCUGAUGAGGAGAGACAAGAAGAAGCUGGCACGACUGAUCAAGUAUCUCCAGUUCAGAGAUUAUAAAUCCAAGCUUCUGAAAACUUUAGAGGAUGAAGACGUGCAGCAGGAGCCAGGUGGUGCAGCUGCUGGUGGGAACCAGCGGAGGCAGCGACUGGCCCAGGACUUCCUAGCAUGGAUGGAUCAGACAGGUGAACUUCUGUCAUUGGCUGAGCGACAGGAAGUAGAUCCCAUCAAACAGGAAAGGAUGGAGCGGUUGGAGCGUCAGACUCGGAAUAUGGAUCCGGCUCAGUACUCGGAGUUCUGUGAGAGUCGACAGCUCAGCUUCGCCAAGAAAGCCUCCAAGUUCCGGGACUGGUUGGACUGCAGCAGCCUGGAGCUGAAACCCAACAGCGUUGCCAUGGAGAUCCUCUCAUACCUGGCGUAUGAGACCGUUGCACAGAUAGUGGACUUGUCCCUGUUGGUGAAACAAGAAAUGACUGUGAAGACAAAUCCUGUCAGUCAUGUGAUCUCUGCCAGCUACAUCCACUACAACACACACACAGAGGUGAAGAAGGACCCGGACUCACCUGAGGCGACGCCCCCCUCCACUCCAGGGUCCUCGCACUCUUCAAAGCCCCUCCUGCAGGGGAACGGCAGCGUGGACAGCAGAGUCCGGCAGAGGAAACGCAAAAAGAGCAGCCCAGCCCCAGUGGAGCCCCCCAGUGGAGCCAUCCAGCCCUGCCACAUCAGAGAGGCCAUCAGGAGAUACAACUACACACACACACGCUCUUGCAGCAGGACGGGGAUGGCUUCUCUCAGCUGUUGACGCUUCAGCAGGUUCACGAUGUAAAAACACUUUUCUCUUUUCUUCUUCUAAUAAAGUUCUUCAGUAAAAUCCA